AAUGAAUGUCCGCGUUUGAAAUCGCAUGUGAAUUUAACAGUUGCACUAGAAAGAAUUCAACCGAAGGUGGUACUCACGGAUAUGGCGACCUUUGAAAACCUGGCCUUUGGCUCCUACAGGGUAGAGGUAACGAGUAGGAAUGCACUGGGUCGGGCGAAACUCGUUGGCUCUACUACAAUAUUUUUGAGCCACCGAGAUCAACGACCUAUAAUAAAAAGGGUGUCCAGGAAGGAAAACUUCCAUCAAAUUUCCUGGUAUCCCUUGUCGGAUAAUAAAACCCCGAGGAAUUACACUUUGCUGUUCUGUGAUCUUGAUCAUACGGGAUCUUGCACCCAUGCUUUAGGAUUUCAGCUCAUACGCAACUCAAGUAGCAGUGUGAAUUUUUCGUCGGAAUACCCGAUGAAUUUUGCGUUGGCCGCUAACUAUGAAGAUCAUUCCUCUAGCUUGACGUGGACCGAAUGCAUUGUAGAGCAAUAUGGCGGAGUUGGCAAUCCAGAUUUUGAUCUGGGAAACAUUUCUCAUCAUUCUUUCGUCGUUUACAUAAAAGAUAGAUGUGAGCAGAAGUCGUGGAUUCAAAAGUAUGAUAUAGAGUACUGGCCGGUUGAAUCACCACAAAAGGUGCAAAAUGUAAUAGUUAUGCCCUACAACGAUGUGAUUGUAAUAGGUCAACUACACCCAGAUACUCGCUAUAAUGUAAGUGUCACAUCGAUAGAUGAUGCAGGCAUACCGAUGACCUCUUACAGGAUUAUUACAACACAAAAGAAGGUUCCAGUUUUCCCAAUAUUCCUCUAUACCAUACUGGGCUCAGCAUUGAUCAUACUGGCGGCCUUAAGAGUCAUGCGAUAUGUUAAGCGAGUAAAGAAUAUCAAAGUAGAUCUCCCGAUCGGAUUGGAAGAAAUUUUUGAACCUGUGAAACUUGACAACCCCUUCUAUACUAAGAACGAAAAAUCAAACGUCCACAAACAGGUUAUUUUCAAUGACUGGGAUGAAUCCAUCCUAUACGAUGAAGAGUGUGAAGACGAACCAGAAAUAGAAACAACACAUGAAGAGUCAACUAUUGAAUCCGAGCCUAUUAAACCGACUCAAAACACUGGAUAUGUUGAAGCAAAUUUCCGAAUACAAAAUUUAACAAGUCCAAUCCCUAUCUCUAACAGCAUAGAAAUGGAAACAAUAAACCAUCCGACAGAACCUGAUCAAGAGGAACUGAAGGCUGAAAACCUUUCAGAACAGGAAACAAGCACAACAAAAGCACUUCAGCCACUGAAUCGACCAGUCGCCACCGGCGGAUAUGUUCCGGUAUCACAGGUGCUCAGCAUCAACAAAGCAAGCAGUUUGGAGCCGAAAGCACAAACCAGUGUUCAACGUUCCGGGUACGUGGAUUUGAACAACCUUAUAAGGCCUCAGAAUCCUUUGGUUUAG